AGGACCAUUGGAGAGGACCGCGGGGAGGACCACCAGAAAGGACCGCAUAGAGGACCGCCAGAGAGGACCACAGAGAGGAUCGCCGGAGAGGGCCGCGGAGAUGACCACCGGAAAGGACCGUCGAAGAGAAGCGAGGGAAGAACCACGGAGAGGACCACCAGUGAGGACCGCGGAGAGGGCCGCGGAGAGGACCACUAGAGAGGGGACUUCCGGAAAGGAUCGUGAAGAGGACUGCCAGAGAGGACUGCGGAGAGGGGCCUGCCACUUCUGUCCGUGGUUCGGCGGAGGAAGUCGGAGCUCGCCGGAUCUCAUCGAAGAUGAAGGCCUGUUUGUUGUUGAUGAGGCUCGCCGGAGUAGACAAUUGCUAGUGAAUGGAGGGAUGUCAUUCCUCCCGGGAAUGUUUCCAUUCGCUCUCCCAGGCGCCGGAACAUUACUGCUACAGGCCCCGAUGGCAGUGUCUCCCUUCCAGACACCGGUGCCCCAACCAUCGCCUUUUCUUCCACAGGUGGUCAACACCAUGGCCCCUGUCAAUCUGAACAGUGCACUGAAUGUGGCCGGGCCAUCACGCCCUCCCCAAAGUGGACGCCACCCGCAGAGCAUCCCUGAGGGUCAUUGCAUCUCAAUUGAGAAUGAUGACGGAGAGUGUGACAUCCCUAGAGCCCACAAGAAGAAGAAGGGCAAGAACCUAAGGCGGGAAACCUCUCGAGACUCUGCCUUUGACAAACUAGGAGAGAGGGAGGAAUGCCAGCGUAAAUCUGCAAAGCUGAGGAAAAGGAAGAAGUUCACCUAUCUGAGCACAACCUGGAAUGGGGAAUCUGAGAACCUUACUAAAUUCCUAACCCAGUGGAAGGAUGAGGUGGACAAAGUCGAGGAGAUGGAUGACAAGACGGUCUUGUCGCUCUUGUUGAACGACCUGCGUGCCGGACAACAAUACAAGGAGUUCUGCCGGAGGCCCCCAACGACUUAUCAAGAGGCUUAUCACGCGACUUAGGUAUUCGUUGAGGUUUAAAACCAAGACCAGGCAAAGAACGAAGCGGAACGCGGCCACAAGCCCAAGCUGGUGCAGGUUAAGAAGGAAGACGCUCCUGGGCCUAGCAAGCCCAGACACCAUUAUGACCUGGUCAUACAUGUGGUUAAGGCGGAGGAGUGUCUCGAAGUGAGGAAGGCAUCGGUCAAUCCUGGAGGGAACCCGGUGUAGGGUUCUACGCUUGGAUAGGGCAGCGGAAAAAAAAAAUUUUGGUGUCCAAA